GAAAAACAUUGGUGGUUGCAAAAAUAAUGAAUGAACAUUAAUGUGUUCAUAGCAUUUCCUCUUCUUUGCUCAUAUAUCUAUUGCAACGGUAUAACAGAAUGCCAUGAGUAAGAAGCGACCAAGAAAUCAGGGCAAGAUGGACCUUGUGCCCCCAGUCCGGUCCCUGUUGGAGAAGGGCGUCCCCAGUAUUCCUGCUCUGGACACAUACAUUGGGGACCUGGACACAAAGUUAGAGGAAAACACUAGAAAUCUAGACUUGUGUGUACAAGAUAUUCUGAAAACUGUAAACAAACUACCAGGCAACCGGGAAUGGGACGAUCCAAGAGAUGCCAUUGCGAACAUGAUCUCUGCCAACAUGCUGGAGAAGGAUUCCUGCUACGAUCCAGAACCAGAGGAUGUUCAUACAAUCCUUAGUCACAUUAGUGGAACUUUGGAGCAACAUCCUGGCAGUGAAGAAGCGGUACUGCAGGAGUUACUGUCCUUGUCUUCCUCCGAGGGUCUGUCUCUCCCUCACACCAGCAGGCCUCGUGGGACCGACCCCAUGGCGUCCAUGGCUUCCCUUAACACUGCCACAGACAACUGUGAGGAGAACAUCAGUCAGCAGUGGGACAGGAUAGCCUUACACUUACGCAGAUAUUUCACAGACCGUCUUACCAAGUUACCAAUCGACAGCCAAAAACAAGUGUUAGAUUUGUACGAAAAUAAACGCAUGGAAUACAUACAGAGUUUGUCCACGCUGUACCCUUCAGAGGAUGUGCUCAUCAAGUACCAGACACUAAGAUCCCAGCAGCUGGACCAUUGCUUCCAUACGCUGCUCCCCGACGCAGACUCUGAGGCAUACAACUCUGUGGCAGUCACGAAAAAUUGUCGAGAACUGGCUGACAUUAUUUUAAAAAUGAUCGACGAAGAUUUCGUUAUUUUCAAUUCUGGUGUGUUCAAAAAGUCAUUUAACAUUGCAAGGGCUAUGCAUGACAUGUAUCUGGAGAAGUUUUCUGAUGAAAUGUCUGCACUUGUUGAGGAUAUUUGGGAAGAAAUUGAAGAAAUCAUUCGCAAACAGCCCGCUCAGUCUUCUAGUGACCACAGUCAUUUGGGAAAGGGAAAUUCUAAACUCGGAAAAAAGGAGAAAGCCCAGAGUCUGGAAUCUGUAGUAUCUACAAACAAAUCGGAGGAGGAGGUCUCGACAUUUAGUCUGCCACGUGAUUACAUAGAGUCAAUACUGAAUGUGGUCACAGCCGUUCUUCACAUUGAGGAACAUGUGGAGAGUCUGCUGAAGUGUGCAGCGUGGGACAACGCGGGAAUCUCCAGCAAAAAGGUCAAGAGGAAAGGUAGUCUGAGAGGUGUACUGAAGACGAGCUCCAGUCCUGAGCCAGUCCGUCGCCCUGCCAGCUUCAGCGGCCAUGAUGAUGUCUCCUUCUCCGACAGCUUCUCCUCCUUCGGCUCUUCGUUGUCGGCUCUCACAGACAACAUGCCUGCUCCUAAAGUUGUGGAGAGGGCCAGGGCAGAGGAGAGAUUGAGAUGGGAAUGGAAGCUCAUGUUUAAAAAGAUCGCCCAGGAAUUAUCACAAUGUGUCGACAAACAGAUACGUAACCUCCUUAAGACCACUUUAGACAAGGAACUAAAGGACUGGAUAGAUCUUCAAGUCCUCCAGACGGAGACAGUCAGAGAAGACAUAUGGGGAGGGAAGCUGGACUACCCUAAGUCUAUCACUAAGUCAGUGUUGGACUUUAUGAAUGAGCUGGAUUUCCUGUUGCCCUUCGCCAAGGCAGGAUCAGACAGUGUGCUUCACUGUGUUAGGACAGCCUUCGUUGACUCAGCGAGUCUGUGUUUACAGAACUUCCACGUCCACCUCACAAAGCUGAGUGGAGAUGUCCCGCGGAAUGCUCCGAUGAAAAGUUUAUACGCUAUACUGUCCAGUGCUGCCUACAUCAGGAACCACCUGUAUCACUACGAGUCCGUACUUAGUCCCGAGGACAGCAGUAAGAAAGUGUUCACCGUGCUGUACAAACAAUACGAGGAGUUGGUGGAGGCCCUGGCUAAACUCACCACAGAGGUCCACAAUAACUUCAUGGCCACCAGUAUCCUACACGACACCGAGAGUAACAACUGGGCCGACACCAAGGAGUUCUUUGAGGGAGAGCGAUGUUCCUUCACGAUCCAGAUGUGGAACUAUCACAUGCGAGGCCUGCAUUACGACGCAUGGUCAAUGUGUCCCCCACGACUGGGCCAGCGAAUCUACAGCAAGGUCUUACACGAAUCUGUACACAUCCUUGCCAAGAGAUAUGCUCACGCCAAGCCCUCCUACAGACGAACGGACCAGUACAGAACUGACGUGUUGUCUAUACUGCUGUGUAUGGGGGAACUGUUGUUGCCUGCCUGUAGUUCUGUGUCUAUGUACCUGGACGUCGGUCACUCCCAGCUGCCUCACUACCUCAUACAGAACCUUUGCUCCACUCUGCUGGGCAGUUUAGCGGUCAUCACAGCUCCCUUGGACAACCUAUAUAAAGUUUUCAAGAGAGGGUUCUAUGAGCGCUCUGACAAACACGCAUCAGAGAUUGUCUCACCAGUAGAGGAUGUCCCAGGCUCGAACACUGACUGGUUGUCAUGGACACAGCCCACGAUAUUUCAGGCGGGUCACAAGCACUACGAUGACAUGCAGACGACCACAGCCCUGUACAUCCAAUGUAAACUCCUGCUGAGUCAGCCAGAGAUAGACUGGGCCAUGAUUGUCAAGUCGUUGGUGAUGAAGAACUUCACACUGCCGAUUCUCUUUCUGACCCAGAGUGUUCUCAAUCCGUAUCGCAAUUCCCACAAUUCACCUAGAAAGGAAGUGACCUCUAAUAUCACUGCUUUGACCUCCGACCCUGAUGUGAAGCAACUUUUUCAUUCCAUUGUUAGCGUUCUGUCCAAGUGCUCUCAACAUUUCCCUGACGCUGUUGCCAAGGCAAUAGUCCCUGUGAUUGACAGGUGUGAACAUUGGGUGUAUUUGGAGACGAAGCAUGUGCCGGGACGGGACUUUGAUAUUCCUGUUUGGAUGUACACGAUAUUUGACCUGAUGGAACCCUUCGUACUCAGAGUGCUGAAGCCAGUGUUGGAAUACCUAGUGACCAGCGACCAGUCAGGACAUCAGAUUCGGCCAGUGAUGACCGUACUAGCAGAGCUGCCCUGUGGUUGUCCCCCACAUAACCCCCCUCCCACCAAGUCACAUAGGUUUGAUGCUAAUAAGGAGUUCAUCGACAUGUCUCUACACACCCUGCUGGGACAGAUGGCGGAGGACGUGUACGUGCUGCCGACUUCCGUGUGUAUUCUGAUGCAUAUGAUGCAAGAACAGUGUACGAUGAAGGGCAUCAAGGCGCCGCACAAGUGUGUCAGCCUCAAGAUUAUAGCCAGCUGUCUGAAGUGUAAACUAUCCGACUUCAACUUCAUACAGUCCAUCACAGGAGUCGCUCUGAGUCAGAGUGACAAGGACCAGCUACUGCUGCUGGCUGACUGUAUCUACAGCACACUGGUCUACACAAAGUCGAAGAGCCAGGGGACUCCCCGCCUGGCAGGGAAGUUCUGUAAAGAAAACAAGGAAUGGAUCGUGGAGAAGAUACAGAGCAUCGGCAGCUACAUCAGUAGUGAGAUAUUUGAGACAGACGACAGUAAUAUCUUGGAGCAGGCGACCAACGAGUUCAUGGCCCAGCUGUUUUCAUUACUGGCCAGUAAUAUACUGGACACAGACACAGGCCAGAGAGAUCUACGUAACAUUCACCACCUCAUCACCAACAACUUCCUGUGGCUGGAGCACCACCUGGACAUACAGUAUGUGCUGCCAUCUGGUGACAACAAACCACUUCCUGUGUUCACCACCAACAUGAAGUCUACAGGACAGAAGGAAUUUGACCCAGCCAGGGAGUUUGAUCUGAUCGGAACGAGGAAGUUUGAUCAUGAAGCAAUCAGAAAUUUCCCGAUACAGUGGCAGCAACUACUCCAGUCUGACCUAGGUCUCAGUGAGUUUGGAUUUCGGACACUUCUCUACAAUCGACAUGAGAUGCAGGAUGGAGCUUUCCUCGAGGAAAAUGAAAAGAAACCAGUCGAGGUUCUGCGAUCUGCCUAUGAAAAUGAAGCAAGGGAACUCGGCUGAGUUGUAGUGUUGAACUGAAUGUUACUUCCACAGGUUAUGAUUGUCUCCCUUUAUAGUAGAGUUUGUAACCAAAGUUGAUGUAGUGCUAGAAUUGUUUCCCAUUCAAGGUUAGGGUAUUCCAUAAUUUAUCACAUGGGGGAGUUGGGAGGCACCUGUAUUUAUAAAUAAUGGAUGGUAGGGGUAAAACUAGCUCUGACGUCCAUUUUUCUUCUGCCUUCUUGUUUUAAAUCACCUUUAUACAUAUAUGGGUGGUGGGGUCCCUGAAAAAGCGCCUCCCAUCCCUCCCAAACAGUCGACUCAUUCACCCCUACAUAUUUAAACUGGACUUGCCCAGUCUUUAAUUUGGUAAGGUUCAAAUGUGACUUUAGGGGUGAAGGGUUAAUUCUGGAACUGCCCUUAGCUAGUCAGGGAGUCUGCUGGCAGAAAAUAUAAGUUUUAUUAAAGUGUAGAUACUAUAUGCACUAUAAUUAUGAAAUCCACAAGGAUAAUAUUAUAUUUUUAGAAAAUUUAGUAACUAGUGCCAUAGAAAAUGUAACACAAUUUCUCAUUUGUGUGCUGCUGUUUUAUUUACUAAUACUAUAUUAUCUUCAUUGGCACAACUUUGUGUCAUUUGUGAAAUAUCAUCGUUAAAUUAAUCAUGGAUCUAUUGCAUCAGGCAGAUCAGUAGUUCCAAGUAGAGUCCCAAAUAUUCCAUCUAAAACUGGAAAAAGCAGCCGGAAUAUGGAACUUGAUAUGUGGAAUAUAGUCACAACCAGGGUAAAAAAUCAACAUCUGGAUAUCUUUAUCAUAUGUAACCAGAUGUACAGAUGUAAUUUAGUUUUGAUGUAGUGGAACAGGACUGGUUUGUUUGCUGGUAAGCACAAUUGGUAGAGCGUCUGUCUAGAGUUCCGAGGUUCCCAGGUUUGAAUCCCAGUCUGACAGUGUAUUUUUCCUCUCCUGUUACUUUGAUAUGUUUACUGUAUUGUAUCUUGACCAAGUCUUGUUUUUAUCUUUGUUCUUCAGAUGUAAUUGUGUUGCAUUACCGGUAUAUAACAUUUUCUUGACUUUUCCCCCCAUCUUUUUAACAUUAUCUCAUUGUCACUGAUUAUGUUUUAAAUCAAUUUUUUCCUGUUUUGACUUUCCAUUACACAAAAGUAAACAUUAUUUAGUGAAAUGACAUUGUGUUUAUGAUAUUACAGACAUUUUCAUGCAAGGUUUUACAUUUAACACAUUAACACUAGUACACCACUUUGUUUAAAUAUUUGGUAUUAUUGGAGAUAGUCUGUACACAAUAUGAACGCGCUACUAAACAAUGGUUCUGUUAAAAUAGCUAGUAUGGAUGAAAUAUUCUAGGUAGCUUUGAAAAGCAAGUCGACUUACUUUUUACCGAUUUCUGUAGACUAGGAAUACCUUUACCCCCAUCUCUAGUUGUUUUAUUGGUAUAGAGAUAAAUUUGUUGCCUAUGAUUAUUUUUAUCAACUUAUACCUUUACAGACUGUAUAUUUAAGAAAUACAUUUCAUGUUAUGUAAUAAAUUAUAUAAAAUACAAACUUAGGUGAUUAAGUUCACACAAGUAUUGAGCUACAAAAUAAGUUAUUUAGAAAUACCCAAAGCAUCUGACAUGAUUGAUAUUUUAUACCGAGACCGGUUAUUGCAACCUUUUUACAAGGUUUUACUACAUUUUGAUCCCUUAUCAUUGUAUUACUUAUAAUAUAUCUAAUUAUAGCUAUACAUUGAAUCUAUUUGUAGUUAUACAUUGUAGCUAUUUAUAACUACAUAUUGUAUCGUUAGAUAUACAUAGCUAUACUUUGUAUCUAUAGCUAUACAUUGUAGCAAUUGUUAUACAUUGUAUCUAUAGCUAUACAUCGUAUCAAUAGUUAUAUGUUAUAUCUAUUACAGCUAUACAUUGUAUAUUUGUAUAGCUAGCUAUACAUUGUAUCUAUUCAAAGCUAUACAUUGCUACACAUUGUAUCUAUUUAUAGCUAUACAACAUUAUGUUAUAUCUAUGCAAAGCUAUACAUUGUAUAUAUAUAUAUAGCUAGCUAUACAUUGUAUCUAUUCAAAGCUAUACAUUGCUACACAUUGUAUCUAUAUCUAUGCAUAGAUAUGCAUUGUAUCUAUUUAUAGCUUUACAUUGUAUCAAUAGUUAUAUCUAUUACCGCUAUACAUUGUAUCUAUAUAUAGCUAGCUAUACAUUGUAUCUAUUCAAAGCUAUACAUUGCUACACAUUGUAUCUAUAUCUAUACAUUGAUAUACAUAGCUUUAUGUUGUAUCUAUUUAUAGCUGUACAUUGUAUCAAUAGUUAUAUCUAUUACAGCUAUACAUUGUAUCUAUAUAUAGCUAGCUAUACAUUGUAUCUAUUCAAAGCUAUACAUUGCUACACAUUGUAUCUAUAUCUAUACAUUGAUAUACAUAGCUAUACUUUGUAUCUAUUUAUAGCUGUACAUUGUAUCAAUAGUUAUAUAUAUUACAGCUAUACAUUGUAUCUAUAUAUAGCUAGCUAUACAUUGUAUCUAUUCAAAGCUAUACAUUGCUACACAUUGUAUCUAUAUCUAUACAUUGAUAUACAUAGCUAUACGUUGUAACUAUUUAUAGCUAUACACUGUAUCUGUAGACAUCUAAACACCAUAUCUUUUUUUUAAUCAGGUAUGUAGGAGACCCUGCUACUUCGCUUGUUACCGAUAGUUUAUAAAUGUUUUACCAAUGUCGUACCGUCCAUUACCCUGUUGCUCAAAUGUCAACCGGUUUAGUUACGUUAUUGUUCAUUAGUUUUCUUUUGUCCUUUAAAGAAAUCCUUUACACUUUUAUUUAUGAUUAUUAUAUAUAUGCCAGUUUGAUAUUUUUCUUUCAAUCCAGAUUGAAGACAUUAUGGCCAUGUGAGGUCAACAUUGUAAAUCAAACCAAAGGACUGUAAUAGUAAAAUUGUUUCCAUUUUAACUUGUGAAAGUUUUUGCAUUGUGAUAAUGUUAAAGUUAGAACGUAUAUUUAAAAAAAUGUCAAUAUGUUAGGACUGUGUUGAUGUUAGUGCUCAUUAUAAAAAAAAUGAGAAAUUACCAACAAAACACUUACAUAUUAAAAAUACUAGUGACAGUUUAAUAUGUAAAGACUCUUUCCAUCAUCUCUUCUUCAUUAACUCAUUCACCCCUGACAACACAUUUGAACAGGUUGAAAUAUUUCAUUAUGAAAUUUCAGGGUGAAUGAGUUCAUGAUUAAGGAUAAUCUCUUAUUGAUGUGAUAUUUCUAAAAAAUGCAAUUUGAAGCUUGGUAAGAAUCUAAAAAGAAAAGUAGUGAGGAACUGGUGGUUUAUAUAGAGGGAAUUUAGUAUGUGUGUUAGCUAUAAAAUAGAUCUGAAUUAUAAAAUAUUAUCUCAAGGAUAUUUUACUUUAAAUGCCUGCUCAAUAUACUAUAACAGAUCUCAUGCUUUUCUGUAGAAUUAUAUAUUUAUUUGGUUUAAGUACAAUCCAGAUUUUGUUUACCAAGAUAUAGUUUUUUAAUUAACAUGGUUUGAAGUUCUAGACAUAUAUAGUUUAGACUUUUAGACUUCUUCUAGACAUGCAUUAAAUUUUUAGGCUUAGUUUAAACUCCAAGACAAAGUUUAGAUUUUUAAACAUAGUUUAAACUUUUAUACAAACUUUAGAUACGGUUUAGACAUUAAGACGUUGUCUAAAAUGUUGUAACUUUAUUAACCAUCAUGAAUUAGUCCAAUUGAUUUUGUCUCUUUUUUAGUUUUGAUACUUUUGGUCUGUGAUUCUGGUUUUAUGUCCCUUUUUACAUUUAAGGUACUAGUAAUGACUCAUACCAUGAUUGUUUCUAUUUUCUGUUUUUCUGUUUUUUGUUUUUUUUAUUUCAUUUUUUUUUUGGUGAGUUUUAAUUGGCUAUUUGGUUUUUACUCCAUAGGAAACAUCUAUUCAAUAUGUUGAUUUAAGUAAUAAUACUGUUUGAAACUCUAAUUUUGAGAGCAGAUUGGCUUAAAAAAUUAAAAGAUACCAUUGCCGUUAUGAUCUAUCAGACAUGAGAAAGGUCAAAAGACCGAGUACAGUACAUAUAAACGUGGAAUUAUUAUAACUUAUUUAUUCAUUCUUGUUUCUAUAUGUACCUAGUCUGAUAUCCGUAAAUUUAUUUUCCUCAUCAGUUUUAGCUGAUUAUCAUCUUUAUCAACUGUUUUAUAUCUUUUCAACUGAAUUUUUUGUUUAUUUUUACCUUUUUUCAACUUUUCAUUUUCAUUACAAUUGAUUGUAUACAAAGAAGUUUGGGCAAAAAUAUUUUCAAGAAAUUUGACCUUUUUUGAAAAUUCAAAGGUUUAAACUGGACAUCAAUAUAUAUAUAUACCUGGUUGUUUGUUCUGUUUCCAGUUUUAUCUAUAGAACACUUUGACCAGGGGGUCAGAUAUUGGGGAGGGGAUAUCUUGGGAGUCCACACUCUUUUGAAAUUUGAAAUUAGAAAUUAAAGACACAAAAAAGGAUAAAAAAAGGGUUAAAAGAACAGAAAUGAAGCUCAGCUGGAAAUGAUUAAUUUAUUGCAAAAUGUGUCAAAUCAACAUAUAUCAUCAAUAUCCAGUUAGGUGAAGAAGCAUUCAGAUGCAUGCAAAGAAGCUGUGGCAACUUCUUUUCCAUUGAAAUUUUUGGAUUCUUCCCUAGAAAUGACAAAAGGAAAAGCAAGAUGAAAUGUGAAUUGAGAUACUUUGCUUGUGAUGUAACAUAUUUUACAAUACAUCAUCAUUCUCUAGGAACUAAUUACAUGUACAUAGUUUCUAAUCCAAACAUUGAAUUGUAUUAUCUCCCUUUGGAAGAGUUCUUUCUUAAAGUCUUACUAUCUGUUUUGGUGAUUAAAGGUUGUGAAUAUUGGAAUGUUACAUGAAGCCCUAAUCUGAUUAUGUGAUAAAACUUCCAGUCCCAUUUUGAAGCAUAUUUUUUAAAUGUAAACAACUUUUGAAGUAAUUUUCUCAUAACUUUGAUGUUCGAUGAUAAAGCUGUAUCACUAUACAAUGUGUUUCUACACUGCUUAACUUGAGAUUUUUGUGGUGUAUUUAAUACUUUUUAUGAAGUUCCUAGCUACAAUUAUAUCACUUAUGUUAAGAUAUAUGAGUACAUGUAUAUGGACAUACAAUCUAACUUGUUCAGUUAAUUUCAUAUGAACUGACCGACCGACUGCUAUAAAUAAUUUGUGAACAAACAGCAGUGAUAAAAAAUACCCACACAUAUUUCAUGUUAUACAGUAUCUUCAAAGAAUCAUGUUAUAAAAAGAUUUCAUCCCAGCCCUGUUUUUAUGAAGGAUUUGUUGUUAUUGACAGAAUUUUUAAAGUAUCGUCCUAUAUAUAUAUCAUCCCACCCGACUGUUUUACAGAUAAUUUGUUGUUGUUGACCUUGAGGAUUGUUGUCUGUGAUAAUAUACAACCCAUGAUAUUUAUAUUAAUUCUCGA